AUGGAAAUCCAGAGAAACAUCUCAGAAUUCAUUCUUCUGGGGCUUUCUGAUGACAAGGAUGUGCAAAUAUUUUGCUUCAUGCUGUUCUUACUCUGUUUUGUUGCCCUGCUGGUAGGAAACUCUCUGAUUCUCAUUUCCAUUCUAUGUAGCCCUCUUUUCCACCAACCCAUGUACUAUUUCCUUAGUCAGUUAUCAUUUCUGGAUAUCUGCUAUACUUCCAGUGUUACACCUAAAUUGAUUGGUGACCUGCUAGAGAGAACUAAAACCAUUUCCUAUGGUUAUUGCAUGUUACAGGUCUUUACCAUGCACUUCUUUGGCAGCAUUGAGAUCUUCAUUAUUACAACCAUGGCCUUUGAUCGCUAUGUUGCCAUUUGCAAACCUCUCCACUACAUGGUGAUCAUGAGCAGGACAAAAUGCAACUUCCUAAUUUUAGCUGCCUGGGUUGGUGGGUUUGCCCAUUCUUUUCCUCAAUUAUCUAUGAUAAUGCACUUGCCUUUCUGUGGUCCAAAUGAAAUCAAUCGCUACUUUUGUGAUAUUUUUCCUUUGCUAAAAAUUGCCUGUACAGAUACCUAUGUGAUCGGUGUCCUUGUGCUUGUCAGUUCAGGAGUGAUCCUAUUAGUUAUAUUUGUUAUUUUAUUUCUCUCUUAUGCCAUUAUUUUAUUCAGUUUAAGGAAUCACUCAGUUGAAGGAAGACGCAAAGCCCUCUCUAACUGUGCAUCUCAUAUCUCAGUGGUAGUAUUAUUUUUUGGGCCUGCAAUCUUUUCCUACCUUAGACCUCCUACUGCUUUCCCUGAGGAUAAACUGCUUGCGUUAUUUUACACAAUCAUCGCUCCCAUGUUCAAUCCCUUGAUAUAUACUUUGAGAAAUACUGAGAUGAAAAAUGCAAUGAGAAAAGUUUGGUCUCACAUUCUGUUCUCAAAGGAAACAUAUAGUUAA